AUGGAUAUGGAUGGUAUGAACAUGAAUGGUAUCAAUGACAAUUUCUUAUUGCAAUUGUCUCCAAGUGAAGAACAUUUCCUUAAAAAGUUCUUACUAGAAGAACAACUAUCCAAAGAAUUACAUUCGUUUAGUAAAUCCAAUUGUUGUGAUUUAUUGGGAUAUCCAUUCGAUUCAAAGAUAUAUAAUUCUAAUGAAUUAAGUCAUGAAUUACCAAUGUUAUCGUAUUUUUUUCGUCAUUUUUUAUCUACUUUCCCAUUCAUUACUAAUAAUUCAAUUAAAGAUCAACAAGAUUUUUGGCAAGGUACAUUACAACCAUUUAUAGAAAGUUUCAAUUCAAAACCAAUUAGUGGGUCAGAAGAAAGAGAAGAACAUGUAACUAAAAGAAGACAAGUUAAUAAAAAGAUAUUAUCGGGAUUAUUGUUAUUUUAUAAUUCGGUAAUUAUAACUAAUCAAGAAUUGGAUUAUUUAUCUAAAAAUCAUUUAAAACCUUCAGAUACUAGUAAAAUUGAAAAAUUUCAAACAAGUAAAAGAAUAAUUCCAAAUUUAAAUCAAUUGAACAAAUUAAAUAUAAUUGGUGUAAGAAAAAUUGAUCAUACGUUAAAUGGAAAUCGUAAUAAUAAUAAUAAUAAUAAUAAUAGUUGGUUUUCAUUUAGAAAAGUUAAACGAUCAAAUUAUCAAUUUAUAAUAGAAUAUAAUAAUUCAGAAUUAUUGGUGAAAACAUAUCAUCAAUUUUCAAUGUUACACAAUGAGUUGAAAAAUCAAUUCCCAGGGAUUAUGAGUGAAAUAGCCCUUCCAAGAAAACAUAAAAAUGAUGAAGGAAUGGAGAAUAUGGAUAUUAAUGGUACACGAUAUUCUCAAGAAUCAGAUAGAGAAUCAGAAAUUGUUCAAUUAAAUUCUAAAGUAUUAAUAAGAGAAAAGUUAAGAUUAGCAUUAAGAGGGUAUUUAACUGCAUUGAUUAAAAAUCCAGAAAUUGAACAUUGUUUGGUAUUUGAAAAAUUCUUAACUACAGAUAAAAUAACUUUAACAGUUGAGGAUGAAUUAGAUAUUAAACAAAGACUUGAACAUGAAGAACUCAUGAAAGAAACUCAAAUUGAAUUCCAACAACAAACAACCAAAGUAAUGAUGCAAUUAACUAAAGAUUUCGAUGAUUUUAAAGCUAAAAUGGUUAUGAAUCCUGAUAUGAUUUCAAAUGUAUUUGCUGAAUUAGGAACUAAUCCAGAUAUCAAACAAUUAUCACCAGUUUUACAAACUUUUAAUGAAUGGUGUAAAGUUGAAAUUGCUGCUACAAUUUAUCAAACUUUUAUAAGCCAAGAUAAUUCUCAAGAAUGGUUUAAUAAAGUGAAGAAAUUCCAUCGACUUUUCCCAUAUGGUAUAUUAUAUCAAAUGUUACGAGUUAUCAAUCCAGCAACAAUAAUUUCAAAAGUUAUAAAUUUAUUUUUGGUUGAACUUCCUUCGUUUCCAUGGAGUAAUAGUAAACGUGGUUCAUUAUUAUCAAUGAUAUUCAUCAUGUUAUUAAAUGAAGAUUUGAGCGAUUUCCACAAAGAGUUGACAGAUUUGGAAUCUAAACUAAAAGGGUAUGAAAAGUAUCUAGAAAGAAUUCAAAAUUAUACUAAAUUACUGAUUGAUGCUAUCAACACUAUAAGAGAUGAGGCAGUUGAAGGUGGUGAAGAUAAUAUGUUGAUGAGUAUUCUUUCGACUAAUGUUUUAGCUCCAGAGGUAACAGAUGAGGAUUUUGCAACUACAUUCACCGAUAUUGAAACUUCAUAUAUACAUUACCAAGAAAUAUCCGAAAAGAAAGACCUUGCAAGAUCGGAAUUAUACAUGAAUUUAAAACAAUACUGGCAAAUACAAGUAAGAUGUCGAGAUAAAGAUUUACUUAAACAGUUAUGGCAGGAACCAGAACUUACAGAAUUGAUCAAGAAAUUCUUGACGAUUUUCUAUCAACCUUUAAUGACGAUUUUUGCUAAAAGUGAUAUUCAUAUUGCAUUUAGAGGAUUACAAAAAUUCAUGGAUGAUUUAGUAACCACAGUAUCUAAAAUUAAUGAAGAGGAGAUAUAUUACAUGAAUACUUUUGAAAUUUACAAUCGAUUAAAAUCAUUAAUGGAUAGAAAUGAAUCAGUAAUUUGGGAAUUCAUUCAUAAAGUUUAUCUUAAAGAUGAUAAACAUCUUUUCUUACAUUUAAUUCAAUGGUUUGAAAAAUUCCUAGCCUUGAUGAGACUUAAAUUUGUCAAUCCAGAAUCAGUCAAGAUUAAUUUUCCAAGACCUGAUAAAACCAUUAAUCAGGAGUUAUUCAUGAAACAAUUAGAUUCCCAUGUCAAUAAAACCAUUACUAAAAGAAGAUUAUUUAAAGAAUAUCUUGAAGCUAAAGCUAAUGCGAAAAAUCAAAUUGACGCUGAUUGGGAAGAUAUCAAUGAUCAAAUUUUCACUAAUGCUGAUGCAAGUGACUUUGGUGUAGCAAGUGAAGAUUUAGAAGAGUUCAAUAACCUUAAUUGGGAAGAUGAUUUACGUGAUUUAAGUAAACAAACUAAUCUUGAAAUUGAAUUACUUAAAAAAUUACAAGAUUUAGAAAAAUUAAAUUCCGGUACUGAUGAAUUACUUAAACUUGAUAUAAAAUCCGAAUUUAUACGUUUAUUGGAAAAUAUAUAA